AUGGCUCGGGAGCAGUACGAGCUCGACGACCAGGCGAACCUCUUGCCCAAAAAGCAGGUCGUCAUCGUCUUCUCGGCACUAGCAUGUAUAUUGCUCGUCACCUUCAUCGACCAGAACUCGGUGGGUGUCAUGCUAACCACCAUCGGCGGUGAUCUCAACGCAGCAACUACCAUAUCUUGGGCGGCCACGGCCAACCUGAUAGCCAACACCACCUUUCAAGUCCUAUAUGGCAGGUUGAGUGACAUCUUUGGCCGAAAGGGUGUCCUUUUGACGGCCAUUGUGCUCCUCGCUGCGGGUGAUUUGGGAUGUGGGUUCGCCCAGAAUGGUCCGCAGCUAUACGCACUGCGAGGGUUGAGUGGAGUGGGCAGCGCGGGCAUCACAGCCUUGUCGAUGAUGGUGACGAGUGAUAUCGUCACGUUGAGGGAGCGAGGCAAGUAUCAAGGGAUUCUGGGAUCUUGCAUCGGUCUGGGAAACAUCAUCGGCCCGUUCCUCGCAGCGGCCUUCACCGAGACGACCACAUGGCGAGCCAUGUUCUGGUUCAUAUCUCCUUUGGCCAUACUCGCUGGCGGCAUUGUACUCAUUGUCCUCCCGCAAAAGACACCCAGUGGCAGCUUCAUGUCCAAAUUUCGCAAGAUUGACUUUAUCGGGUCCUUCUUCAGCACGGCGGGCAUGAUCUUGCUCUUGAUCCCCAUCUCCGGCGGGGGGACCUACUUUGAAUGGCGCAGCGUCAUGGUCAUAGUCAUGUUCGUGUUCGGCGGGUUGUGCUUGAUUGCCUUUGUGCUCGUCGAGUGGAAAGUCGCUCAGUUGCCUACGAUGCCAAUUCGCCUUUUCCAGAACCGAGCUGUCUGCAUGAUCCUGUUCCAGAACUUCCUCUUCGGCUCCGUUUACUACAGCAUCCUAUACUACAUCCCCAUCGCACUCCAGAACGUACGCGGCCUGAGCCCCGUGGCAUCUGCGGGAGUGAUUGUCUGCAUGGUCGUCGCCCAGAGCAUCACCUCGAUCGCAUCUGGCCAGUACAUUUCCAGACGCGGUCGAUACGGCGAAGUUUUGUGGUUCGGGUACGGCAUUUGGACGGUCGGCGCGGCCCUGUGCUGCCUGUUCACCCGGUCGCUGCCGAUCUGGGCCAUGGCUAUCUUCUUGCUUGUCGAGGGUGUAGGAGUCGGUUGUUGCUUCCAGCCAACCCUCGUCGCUUCUCAAGCACAUUGCGUCAAGGCGGAUCGAGCCGUCGUCAUCAGCACCCGGAAUUUCUGCAGAACCUUCGGAGCCGCUGUCGGCUUGGCCAUCUGUGCCGCCAUCUUCUCCAAUGUGUUGCAGGCAGAUCUGCCUCCAUCGUUACCGGAAUCAUUUCGUCAGACUGUCACGGCGUCUAUAUUCAAGACACCCAAUCUCAAUGUCUUGAACCAUGAGCAACGAGAAGGCGUACUUGAUGCUUAUGCCCAUGCUGCAAGAGCCGUCUUCAUCCUGUGGGCGCCCAUGAUGUUUUUGUGUUUUCUGACCAUGGUCUUUGUCGAAGACAAGGGUCUGGAGAGGCCCGAUGAAAAAUCAGACACGGUUCAGGUACAGGUCGAUCCUGUUUUGGAGGACAGCGUUGUAGUCACCCCCGCCGUGACAGAGUCAUCUCCACCACCACCACAGCAGCAACUACACGAAAGUGAGAAAGACGUCGGCAUGGGGCGCCGAGUCGAAACUACCAAUGUGUGACGAAAGUUCAUC